UUUGUUGUUUGCGUGUUUCAGGAAUCCGUUACAGUACAGAUGUGUCUAUGGACGAGGUGAAAGCUCUGGCCUCGCUGAUGACCUACAAAUGCGCCGUCGUCGAUGUGCCGUUUGGUGGAGCCAAAGCUGGAGUGAAGAUCAACCCGAGGAACUACUCUGACAACGAGCUGGAGAAGAUCACCAGGAGGUUCACCAUCGAGCUCGCCAAGAAAGGCUUCAUCGGGCCCGGCAUCGACGUUCCCGCUCCGGACAUGAGCACCGGGGAGAGGGAGAUGUCCUGGAUCGCCGACACCUUCGCCAACACCAUGGGACACUAUGACAUCAACGCUUACGCCUGCGUCACCGGGAAGCCCAUCAGUCAGGGAGGAAUCCACGGGCGGAUCUCCGCCACCGGCCGAGGAGUUUUCCACGGCAUCGAGAACUUCAUCAACGAGGCGGCCUACAUGAGCCAGCUGGGGAUGAGUCCCGGCUUCCAGGACAAGACCUUCGUCGUCCAGGGUUUCGGUAACGUGGGUCUGCACUCCAUGCGUUACCUUCAUCGCAACGGGGCGAAGUGCGUCGGAAUCGGAGAAGUGGACGGAAGCAUCUGGAACCCCAACGGCAUCGAUCCCAAAGAGCUGGAGGACUACAAACUGGCCAACGGGACCAUCGUGGGCUUCCCGAACUCGACGCCGUACGAAGGAAGCAUCCUGGAGGCCGACUGUGACAUCCUGAUCCCCGCCGCCAGCGAGAAACAGCUGACCAAGAGCAACGCACACAAGAUCAAGGCCAAG